AUGACCCCAAGAAAGCAGAAAGUCCGUGUUCCAUGGGCUUCUUCUGCAUCAUCAUCACCGCCCAAGAAAACUCAAGCCACGGGCAUCAUUACUCAUAACACUGCACGAGCGCGAGGGUACAUCCUUGAUGUCUACACCUUAAGAUCCCUAUCCUCCGCACGCACAACCUUAGGCAGACGACGACCUACAAAAGGCCACAACACCAGACAGAAACCAAGAAUGUGUCUGCGGGUGCGAGUAGUUUAUCAAUGUGGGUGUGACGCCACCCGGGCCAUACCAGAGCACCCUGACUACGAAAUAUGGUCUUGCCAUGAGUACACGCCUUCCUGCUACGAGUACUAUGAGAGAACAACCGGCUUGUCUUGCGGUUACAUCCUCGCCAACGACUGUGGCCGACCAACCUGCAAAGCCGUGAGAAACUAUUGGGGCUGGCGAGUUUAUAAUGGGCUCGCUAAUCAGGCAACUUGGGGGUCAUUCGUCCGAUGUUACGACCGUUGGUAUGACGCCGGCGCCAACAACCAACUCUCACCAGUAGUUAUUAACCAUCCACACGAACGUGCCCCUCAUCGAUGGGACCCCAGAUACCCCCGUUACGACCAGCCCGGGUUUAUCUUCAUGACACAGUGGAACCAACAUCAACGGAUGAAGAAUGCAGAAGAUGCGCUGCCGCCGCGGUGGCCUGUUUUCGAUGUGCCCAACCCGGACCUCGGCAGUUAUUACGGGAAUUAUCCAGCGCUGAACAAGCGAAUACUCGAGGAGGAAGACCCGCGGCCGCUGGGACUCGAGGAGCAAGAGGUCCGUCAAGGUCCUCGUCGCCUAACGAUAGGACAAACCCACCUUCUUUUGAGUCGAAUACGACUCUCAAUCACUCCCCUCAACCUUCAACCCUACCCCCAUCAACUCAAUUUCACCUCCUGGUGGCGGUGUUUAUUUCGCCAUUAUCAGCUUUCCGAUACAUAG